AUGUUGUUAGCAGCCUGUUUCAUUUUAUGCUGCUGUGGAUUGUUGAGUCACAGACAAAUGCUGCGCCACCAGGCCUUGGUGAAGGGCCGCUGCUGCGUCUUGUUCAGUGAUCUGAAGGUUUUCCUGCUCAGGCCACAGACUCCUUCAGCCCCUUCACCUCUAUUCCUCCCCAUGAGCGGUGGAAACACAGAGAGUCAUGGCAACGGAGUCCUGGGCGCCAGCAGCAUCGUUGAUAGCAACAACACCUUGACAAGUGUCCCAUCGUCCGCAGUCUGGGAACCACCACCGAUAGGGGGCACAGCCAGUACAGAAGAGGAGGAGGGCAGAGGUACGGGGGUAUGGGGCGGCACGGCAGAGGCAGCGGAGCACUCUGCAUCCCUCAUCAGCAGCACCUCGUCAGAUGACUUCUACAAGGGUAAAAGAGAGGACGGGCAGUCUCUAACCAGCUGCACAGAGAGUGGCACGCUGACCCCACUCUGCAGAAUCUGCUUUCAGGGACCUGACCAGGGGGAGUUGCUGAGCCCGUGCCACUGCAAAGGUUCGGUCCGGUCCACCCACCAGCCCUGCCUGAUUAAGUGGGUCAGUGAGAGGGGAUCCUGGAGCUGUGAGCUCUGCUACUACAGAUACCACGUCAUCGCUAUCAGCACCAAGAACCCACUGCAGUGGCAGGCCAUCUCUCUGACAGUGAUUGAGAAAGUGCAGAUUGCGGCUGCCAUCCUGGGCACGCUCUUCCUCAUUGCCAGUAUCUCCUGGCUGUUCUGGUCGUCAUUCAGCCCCUCCGCCAAGUGGCAGCGCCAGGACCUGCUCUUCCAGAUCUGCUACGGCAUGUAUGGCUUCAUGGACAUCGUCUGUAUAGGCCUGAUUGUCCACGAGGGACCCUCAGUGUUCCGAAUCUUCAAGCGCUGGCAGGCCGUCAACCAGCAAUGGAAGGUGCUGAACUAUGACAAGUUCAAGGACAGCAAUGACCAGAAAGCCAGGGCGAGCACAAGGAACCUGGUGCAGCCAGGCCAGGAUAGUAACCAAACGAGAGCUGCCUUCUCCUCCCUCACUCCUGCGACUGCAACCACUGUCCCUGUCACUCCGGAAACUACCACAACAACAGCCACCUCGGCAAUGGGGUUUAACCAGAACGCUGUGACUGGCUCCGGGCCUCCCUUGUCUAACCACUGUGCGUACUCCAUCCUGCAUCUCCUCAGCCACCUAAGGCAGCAGGAGUCUAGAGGCCAUGCCAGCCACAGUAACAGCAACAGAGAGCUGGUCAUGCGAGUAACUACAGUCUGAGGUUUUCUUUUGAGAUCUGUUUUUUAGUGGGGCAAAAAAAUGGGGAGGAUUGGUGUGCUACUAAGGCAAAGCACAGCACCCACUGUAUUUUUUUUUUUGUUUUAUGCAAAUGAAAAAAUGGGUUACAUAACCAGCCGAGGAAACAUAAUGACGGAAUAGCCUUACAACAGGAUGGAGAUGUGAGGGUGUCAGUUUGGAGGAGAAUAAAAAACAAGGCACAGCUUGGAUCCUAAGGGGUAGUGGACAGCAAUGUAAUGUAUCAUUUACAGGCAGAAUCAGGGGCAAUUCCCUUUUUAAUCAAUUCCAACACAUCAUUGCUCAAAACUGCAGUGAGCAGUAUUCUGUUAGAAUGAGCUUCUCACAUUUAAAAUGUAAGUCACUGUUAGUCAAUUACAUUGGCUUCAAAUGAAAGCAGUUGAACAAGCACAACAAUUCUUAUGUCUCCCUCGAAGGAAGUUGAAUUUGAAUUGGUAAUUGAUUUUUAAAAAAUUAUUGAAAUUGAAGAAUUUACCCCAACCCCGUUGACAGGCUAUCACAGUUUUGGUGCCGUGUUGGUGUGCUGUGAAACUGAAUGAUGGCUAAGGGCAGAGAAGACCGUUCAUUUUAUAAGAGUUUUCGUUUUGCUAUAUUCAGGGAUUCCAAUAAUUCAGGAGGAAGACUAUACUUGCUCAGACACAGUGUAACUGUCCGCUCCACUGGUUCUGUGUCUCUGCUGUAAUGCAGUUUCUGAUAAAAGGUCUUUUCUAUUUGCAUUCUAACAUUUGCUGCUCUUGUCAUUACCUGCACUCUACACACUGUAUAAUGACCCUGCCACACAUUGCACCCUCAUUAGAAGAUCAUUUUCUCAGACACUGUUUCAGAUAUAAGUCUACCUAAUACCUAACUCACUCUAAACACUGUUCCCAACCUGCAGUCUGCAAGUAAAAUCCCAGCUAGUCCUGAAAAAACUGCAUCAACCCGUCUCCAUACACCCAAGCUAUUAAUCUGCUGCGCGUGUCUGCUCCAAACACACAGCAUCUGAAUAAACACGCUUCUCCUGACACACGCGUAUCGCUAUAACUUCAUCUAUGGCAAAUAAUUAAUCAGUCACUGCUAAAAAGUAACCAUGUGUAACAGUUUUCAAUUUUUUGUCCCACGCUGGGUGAAUAAAAGCUGAAACCCUUUAUCUUUAAGAGUAAGUAGCUUCUGAUUACAUUUCCAUGGUCCCCUUGUUUUUUAUGAUGUUUGCAGUUGUUCUGAGUGGCUCUAAUUGCAAUUACUCAAACAUCACAUUGUUUCUAAUGUCUCAGUUAAAGGGCUUUGACUGUGUCCUGGAGCUGCUCUUCAGUUGUAGUUGCCUGCUACAGACAUAUGUAAAGUAGCCAACGUUUCUUUAUAGAAAUGCAGAGCAAGUAGCUGGUCUCUUACGUCAACUAAAAUGCUUUAGCUAAUAUAUCCUGUGUUACAUGUGUUUCCAUGUGUAUUGCUGGCAAUGCAUAGAUGUACAUUAAGUGGUGCUGGUGCUUACUAAUAUACAGACACUUUGGCUGAUAAAGCUUAAAGUUACAUGUGUCUGUGGCAGGCAACAAGAACUAACGAGCUGCUUUUGACCUUGGGGUAAAGCAUACAAAGACAUCAUAAAAAGGUAACACCCGUGUCAUUUGAAGCUACUUACGCUUUCAUAAAUAACACUCAAAUAUUAUUAUAUGUAAUGAAAAAAUAUAGAGUUUUGCUUACCUGCCUGAGAAUUUGUGUGCCUUGCCAUGAAACUAAAGUUAUGGCCAACAGUUUUGUCUAGGAGCCUUUUGAGCUUUUUGAUUGGCUGACAAUUUAUGCCCCCAGUGUCGUGUAUGUGUGUGUGUGUUUUAAUUCCAUUAAGUCAGUUAGUUGGCAGCUGAAGUCAUAAAUUAACAAGAAACAGACUACAAACUAGCCACAGUGAAGGCUUUAAAGAUUCAAGAGGCAGUUAAUGAACACUUCGGUAAAUCCAGGUGCAGAUUCAUAACCCACAAGUCACGGCGCAUCGAUCCAACGAGAAACAAAAGAGCAGAAAACAAAAAAACAGAUGACUCAUCUAUUUUAUUUUAACCCUAUUAACGCUUUAAGUUCUGCCUGAAACCCUUUCUUUACUUACACACUACCUUUGUGCUAUUUCUUCUCUCACCAGACAAAAACUUCAAGUCAGUGUUUAGGUUUUUUUAUUUUAUGUUUUGCCAAUUUAACCCUAAAUUUAACCCUAAUCAGUCCUUGAUUGAUUAUUUUCCUGACUGAUUUUUUAUAAAUUUUAUUUGAGAUUUGAAUGUAGCCUAAGCAACAGAUGCUAACGAACCCUGAAGGCGAGGGCCAAGUCUGGCUUGUCUCUGCUGGGAGUGCGAUGAGACGAACUAACCACAGCCGGCUUUCAUCCCUAAUCCUGUAGAAUCAAAAGCAAGUGAAGCACUUCCUAUGCGCCCCCAGCCAAGAACGGAUUUCAGUUUUCUUGUAGUCACAUAUGGAUGCUUUCUUCCUCCAUCAAAAUGAUUUGUACCAGCAAGUCACAAUCCUAACUGGGGCUAACAGAGUCCCAAUUCCAACCAGUUUUUAUCUUGUUCUGCUGCCAAUGGAAACAAGCUGAUUUCAAUUUGGUCCAAGUAGCCAGAUGGGAACAAAGCAUACAUUUAUAAAGGGGUGUUAAACAGAAACACCAGAACUGCCUGGCAGUUAGAUUGGUUGCACUGGCACAUUGUGAGCUUCUUGUGUCAUUGGCAUUGUGGUGGUCUUCCACCGUCACUGAGUUUUUCAAUCUUAACUGGGGCUGACAGAGUAUUGAUUUAAAUGGAUCCUGCAAGUGCUUUAACUGAGAUUCUGAUGACACACUACUGCCUCUUGUUACAGUUUAAUGUAUUGGUGCUCAACAUCCAAACUAGUAACACUGGCAAAGGGAAAUUGUCUGGCACACUGCCCAGAAAUACGUAUUUCUGAAAACAAUUAAGGAAUCUUCUGUACAAAAGCUGAAUGAAUCUUCACCAUUGUUGGCCUAAAAUUUUGACCUCUGUCCAGUUGUGUAUGACACCUAAAGUAAAUGUGCCCUUAGUUUUCAACUUAAGUGUUUCUUGACGUGUAAUACUCUUUUAAGUUAUAACUACAUGUAAAAAUAAUUAAACAUGCCUAGUCCAGACAGCCUGGUUUUAGUUCAGGUUUAAAGUAGCUCUGGAACAAUUACAGAAGUCUCCUCGUGUCAGAGGUCACAAAUCAGAAUCAAGUGGAGAUUACUGUUUUGGUCCCUGUUGCAACAAUUAAAUGAACUAACUGAAGCAUGUGAUUUUCCGGUUUUAAACCUUACUUUGAUGUCAUCUGAAAAUACAAGAGCGUCUCUGGUUUGUUGUUGAAUUAAUGCCCAAUGCCAUGAAUAUAAAUCACAUUUCCUGUGCAUCCUCCUCCCUAUUUUUUUCAGUCUAUUGAAGUCAACUGCUUCAGCCAUUUUAUGAGCAACUGUGAAAUGAAUCGUGGUCCAUCAUAAAUAAAUAAAAAAUUCUAUAUUAUGUAUUUGAGCUAUUGGUCCAAAGUAAUUCUGUAAUCUAGCGAUAUAUAAAAUAUUUUGCUUUACUAUUGUACUGCCCAUUCCUUAGAACACACCUUUUGUUUUGUAGUUGAGCCAUAUCAUUUGGCCAGAACAAACUAUGCAUGUUGGAUACCUGGACUUCCACGGAAAAGAAAACCAAUUAAUUACAGAUUUUGGUUUUAUGAAAUACUGGUAACACAGCAGUGUGCAAUGGGUGAGCUAUGAGAAGCUUAGCUUAGAUUAAGUUUGGCUUCUUUCACCCCUGAACAGACACCUGCUCUAAGGAUGAAUUUGUGGAUAAUAUGUUGUACUAUUAGUACUUUCACAGGCAAUCCUUCUUGAGAGACCAAGGAAGAUCUGUUCAUGGAGAGUGAGCUUUCCGCUCGUCCUCUUGUGGGUAAGUGUGUCCUGUGUCUUAAUUCAAACUCCCCCUCCUAUACCUUAAUGCUCUAGAACACUUGAUAUGUCUGUUCCUUCUUCACAAAUGCUGUUACCAGCUGCCAAGGUAACAAACAUUAUAAUCACGGUGUCCAUAAUAGACUUUCCCAAUUUUUAAGACACAUCUCUACACUGUGGAUACAGGGGACUCCAGCUUGCUGUGCCAUCAAUCUAAAAACAUUCACAGGAACAAAUCAAUAAAUGGCAUGUUAGCAAGUCAAUAAGAAGUCUUCUUGUAUUGAAGACUUUCAACUAAAGGCUGGAGUGGAUUCGCAAACACAGAUUGGCACUUAAGCUAACAGUAGGUUCAAGAUUAGUUCUGUGAAACCAGCUGUAAGUGGCUUGUGUCUUAACUGGAACACCACACCCUUAAGCAGUGUGUGGGUAGGGACAGAUAAGGGUAUUUUAUUAUUAUCAUUUAAAAUGAUCCAUAAGGUUCUAACAACAGAGGUUUUAAUAAGUUAAUCACACAUGUAACGGAUUAAAUUACUUUAACACAUUAUUGUUUUCAAUUGUUUUAUGAAAGUUUACUUCCCGGGUCCCACCACCUAUUUUGCACCUGAGGUCAUCUAUGUCCCUUUUAUGACAACUUGUUCCUUCAUAAACAGAGAUGCUUAAUUCCCAUCGAUCCCAUUCAAUUUCCGAGUCCCACAUUUGUUUAAAUUAAUCACUUUUACCAGAAUGGCCACAGGGUAAUUACUUUAAUAAUAUUUAGUGUCAUAUUCCACGAAGCAGAAACUCCGUUUUCCAUUUUAACACCAUUAACCUUCAAUGGAGACCAAACCAAAUGUCAUGGCAAUGCAUUGGCGCUAUUAUUUAACAUUGCUUCAGUACUAAAGAACAGCCUCAGUAGCACUGUAAAAUGGUGGUCUAUCUAUUUCAGCAUGCCCAUGGUAUCACAACCAUUGAUGAGCACUGCUAUUCUGAACAGGACUACUGUACAGUAUUUGUUCCAAAUUCAAUGAGAAGUUGCCAUGCUGGUUAUGUUGUGCUCUGCUAGUGAUUCUGCCUGGGUUUCUUCAGCAUGUAGUAUACUAUUUUCACAAUAGGCUAUCAAUGGUAUUUUUUUGUUGUUUUGAAAUGAGAUCUGGCAUCACAUUCUUGUCACUGAUAUUGGGUGAUAUUUUGUGUUAAACCACUCCAGGCUAUUGGUUUGAUCAGGGGGGAUAUUGCGUUAUCGUGGAAAUCAUGCUGGAAAACAAUGGUUUAGAAUUAUUUGUAACCAUGGCACCCCACUUACUGAGUCAAUUUUUUCCAGUGGUCCAGGCCAAUCACAUUCCAGAUUGGUGUUGAGUGGUUUAGUAGAUUUUCAGGCAUCAGCCACAGAAUCUUUGAGAAUAACAAAGGGGGUAAUAUUUCAGGUGUAUUGUAUAAAAAAUAUUCUAUCUGCACAAAGCUCAAAUGUUUCCACAAAGCAGACAAAGCUGAUUAUGUCAGGUUGAAACCUCAAAAAACUAUUUUUA